AUGGAUCUCACUGGUUCGGCAUUCGUCAUCGGAGCAAGCGGUAUUGGCAAGGCAUGCGCGUUGGCCUUUGCCCGGUAUGGCGUUCGAGGCAUCGUCAUAGCAGAUCUCACGCUCGAAGCUGCUUCUGCGGUGGCAGCAGAGUGUAAGUCUCAGGCUACUCACCCUCACUUCCUGGCUGAAGCAGUUGCCAUCGACGUAACCAAAGAAGAGUCCGUCUAUCAAGCAAUUGCAUACGCACAUCAGGUCCUCGGUCGGAUCGACUACGCAGUGAACAGCGCUGGUGUCGGAGUCCAAUUGGCCAAUGAAAUCGCCGAAGCCAGCGUCUCCGAGUUUGAAAAGAUGUUCAAGGUCAACGUAACUGGCACCUUCAUCGUCACCCGCGCUCUCUCCGCCCUCAUGAAGACCCAAGACCCCGUUCCCGUUGACGAAGCCGUUCCCGCGCGGGGUGUCUCACGGGGUAGCAUUGUCAACGUGGGGUCAGCUUCGGGGUUUGUUGCUACCCCAGGCAUGGUUCAAUACACAGCCGCCAAGCAUGCAGUCGUUGGAAUCACCAAGAAUGCUGCACUUGAUAACGCCAAACAUGGUAUCCGGGUCAAUAGUGUGUGUCCAUCCUGGGUCGAUACACCCAUGAUCCGCAAGGCCAUGGAUGACAUCCCUGAACUCGGAGAGAUGAUCCAGAAAGCCGUUCCGCUCGGAAGGAUUGCGCUAGCCGAGGAAGUUGCCGAUGCGGUCAUGUUCCUCUCUAGUCCGAAAGCGAGUUAUGCUACGGGGUGCAACAUGAUCUUGGAUGGGGGUACAACGCUUGCUGCUCAUGUCUGA